AUGCAUCUAAGCGCAUUACACCAUGUCGAGCUGUGUGUGGCUAACGGAAAAAAGAUCGCUUCGUAUUUCACUGAGAAACUCGGAUAUUCUCUCAGAGCACAAAGAGAUACUGUACUAAGCAAACAGUGGGUGGUUGGAAGUCAGAAAUCUACAUUCGUCGUCACGGAAAAGAAGACAAAAUUUCAACAGGAACAUGUGCCAUUUUCUUACUUCUCUGCGCCUCUUCGCCAAGUCGACUCUGUAUUUAAUGUGGCUUUGGAGGUGAAAAAUUUGGAAUCUGUAACUGAAAGAAUGCAAAAUGUAGGAGGAAAACUAUUUCACCCGGUAACAGAAGUAGAAGACCAGAGUGGAAAAGUGAGAUAUUCAAUUGUCAGUUCCUGUUGCGGCAAUAUAGUGCAUACUCUUUUGGACAAGUCACAGUACAAAGGAUCGUUUCUGCCCACUUUCGAUGAAUCAUUUACAACCCGUGGUGAAGAGAAAAUAACCCACAUAGAUCAUCUAACUUAUGUUUGCCAUCCCGGAGAAUCACCGGGCAUCAUUCAGUGGUAUCAAAGUUGUUUGGGGAUGCAAAAAUUUAAAACCAACCCAACAGAGGAUCUUACAGAAGGCUUAGUGAUCAAAGAUGGAGUUGGUAUGAGGCUACGAGUUAUGGACUAUUGGCCUUGUGCCGAGUCUGGCAUUUGUAAUUCCGAUCCCAGCAAUGGCAUGGACGAAACGUCGUUGAAAAUUGUCAUCGCAGAGUCCCUUCCAGGAAUAGAAAAUUUGCACAUAAAUGCUUUCCUUGACGGUCAUGGAGGACCAGGACUUCAACACAUCGGUCUUAGCACCCUUGACAUCACCAGCUGCGUGGAUAGCAUGAGCCGCAAAAAGGUUUCAUUCCGAACACCACCUGCAGCCUAUUAUCGUAACAAAUGGAAAAGAAAUGAAAUAGAAGCGGCAGGCUACGACAUUAACAAAUUCGAGCAAUUGGGAAUUCUCAUUGACUCCGAAGCGGAUACAAAUGCUAAAGACAAUCAAGACAAGUUUCUGCUGCAGAUUUUUACACUUAAUUUAUUCAAGGAAGAAACUUUUUUUCUAGAACUGGUUCAAAGAAAAGGAGCUCGUGGGUUUGGAGCCGGCAACGUAACGGCACUAGCACGUUCAAUAGAGGAAGAACGGCAGGUCUUAAAAAAUCCAAAUGCCGUCUGUAAUUUAUAAUACAUAACAAAAAUUAAUUGAUGCGUAUGUAAGCGAUGUAAGGGAGAUUGUCUAAAAUAAUAAUAAUUGAAGAUAUCAAAGCUUCCAAACCAAAUACAUGGUCCGAACUAUUC